CGCUUCCAAAGCGUACAAGCCACGUCUCUCCCGAAACUUACACAAGACUUUUGGAGUAUCUAUUUGUGGAUAAAACACUUCAAUUUAUCGGAUUAACUUCUUUUUAUUGGAAUAUUUGCACUUUGUCGCAACGGAGCAGCCCUGAUCUCUGGUCCUGAUGCCCUCCCCCCAGCACCCCGUCCCGCCUGAGCCCAGAGGAGCAGAUUCUGUCGUGACCUGCACUUGAGCCAUAGUCUUCUGGAGGAGGAGGAGGUGGAGGAGGAGGUGGAGGAGGAGGUGGAGGAAGAUUCUCUCAGGCUCCAUCACUCAAACAUGAACAAACUGAACUUCCACAAUAACAAAACCAUGCAGGACCGUCGCUGUGUCUGUGUCUUUUUGCCCAAUGAUGAUACGCUCAACGUCAUCGUCAAUGUGAAAACAUUGUGUCAAGAGCUGUUGGUUCAGGUGUGUGACCUCCUGCGGCUUAAGGACUGUCACCUGUUUGGGCUCAGCGUCAUUCAGAAUAAUGAACAUGUUUACAUGGAGCUGGACCAGAAGCUCUCAAAGUACUGCCCCAAAGAGUGGAAGAGGGAGGCCAGCAAGGGCAUUGACCAGUUUGGGCCUCCGAUGAUCAUCCAUUUCAGAGCUCAGUAUUAUGUCGAGAACGGCAGACUCAUCAGUGACCGUGUGGCCCGGUACUAUUACUACUGGCACCUGAGGAAGCAGGUGCUGUUGUCCCAGUGUAUCCAGAGGGAGGAGGCGUAUUUCCUGUUAGCCGCCUUCGCUCUCCAGGCUGACCUUGGAAACUUCAAACGCAACAAGCACUUUGGGAAGUACUUUGAGCCCGAGGCCUACUUUCCUCCCUGGGUCAUCGAUAAACGUGGGCGGGACUACAUCCUGAGACACAUCCCCCUGAUGCACAAAGACCAGUUUGCUCUGACGGCGUCGGAGGCUCACCUCAAAUACAUCAAAGAAUGCGCUCAGCUGGACGACGUCACCGUUCACUACUACAGACUUUACAAGGACAAAAAAGAAGUUGAAGCCUCUCUGACGUUAGGACUGACUUUACGUGGGAUCCAGAUAUUUCAGAACGUGGGCUCAGUGAGGCAGCUCCUGUACGACUUCCCCUGGACCAAUGUAGGAAAGCUAGUUUUUGUGGGUAAGAAGUUUGAGAUCCUCCCUGAUGGUCUGCCUUCAGCCCGUAAGCUCAUGUAUUACACCGGAUGCCCUGCCAGAUCCAGACACUUGCUACAGCUGCUCAGUAACAGCCACAGACUCUACAUGAACCUGCAGCCAGUGCUAAAGCAGGUCCGGAGACUGGAGGAGAACGAAGAGAAGAAGCAGUACAGGGAAUCGUACAUCAGUGACACAUUGGAGCUGGAUAUGGAUCAUUUGGACAAACGUUCCCGGGCCAGUGGUAGUAGUGCGGGCAGCGUCUCUCACUCCAAACGCCUGUCCCGACAUUCCACUACAUCCCACGGGAGCAGCCACACCUCUGGGAUAGAAGCAGACAGUUUCAGGGCUCACGGACAAAACAGACCCCAAAGAACAUGCAACUCCUCCACAACCUCCCACGGAAGCUCCCACACCUCAGGGAUUGAGAGCAGCGGCAAGGAGAGGGUGCUAGAGGACGAUGAGAUGGAGAUGCUGGUAGACGACCCUAAAGACUACGAGGAGCUACAUGAGAUGGUGUUGGACCAGGAUCUGUGUAUUCACAUCACAGAAGAUAUGCUCACAAUGUGCCCAGACCACACCAAUGGAUACUCAGGUCUUAUAGUGAAAGACAUCAGCUCCUCCACUUCCAGCUCCUCAGAGACUGUGGUAAAGAUGAGAGGGCAGAGCAUCGAGUCACUGCCACAGCAGUCCAUGUGCAAAAAGCCGCAGUCGUCCACAGACCGCCACAGCCAGUCUCUGGACGACAUCCGCCUCUACCAGAAGGACUGCACUCAGUGGGCAGAGCUAUGCCAGGACACCGCCCACAGCUACACAUUUGGCUGCGCUCAGGAGCUCAGCGACGGAUGCAACUACCAAGGCCUGGGAGAUCAGUGUGCGAGUAUCCGAAACGACCCACAAUCCUUUGCAAUCAAGAGGACAAACAAGUACUUUUCUCUAGAUUUGACCAGCGAAGAAGUCCCUGAGUUUGUGGUGUGAUAAUUUGGUUUUAAAAACAUAAAUCAAAUUAACCUUGCGCAAGAGAGAUUUGAACACUCAGGAAACUAUGAAAGAGGUUGAAUGGUGAGUCCCAAAGUGGCAGUAAGAACCAAGCUGCCUGUUUUAUCUCCUGAUGAUGUCAAAUGGAGACAACACAACUAAGCAGAUUUCAGGGAUUUAACCAGAGAAAGCCAGACCUUUUAAAAAUAUCCUUUCUAAAAUCAUCACAUAAAAUCAUCUGACUUUUAAGUAUGUACAUUGAAUUGGCAUACAUUUAAAGCCAGAUACCCUCCCAGAUACCCUCCCUGAUGACACCUCUAUCAAGAUUUAUCCAAGUGUGGGACUGGAACAAAGAAGGUUCACUGGACUCUUCAUCAGUGGCUUGCAUAAAGCCCACCUCUGUCUGUUGUCAGCCAAUGGGAGGAACUGAAUGCAUUUUGGUGACUAUACCUUAAAAAAAGUGAACUUUUUGAUUGAAUUUUGGGUGGAUUUUGAACAGUAAACACUAAUUUAACCUGUGUUUGGUCUAACUUGAGCUGCGAAAGGAAACUAAAGGGAACAAAUUGUGAGAUUUUAAAUAUUUACAUUUUAUUCUUUU